AUGCCGGCAUGUGACUUACUGCUCAAUCUUGCAAGCAGAAUUGACACCGACCAAAAAUGCAAGUUCAACAUAAAUCGGGCCUCCGUGAUGGAUGGAGCUGUACGUGGCUUCAAGAAAUUAUCCUACAAUCCAAACUACAGGAUGUCAAUCAAGUUUUCUGACGCCAUGGGCAGAGAAGAAGAGGCUGUGGACUUGGGCGGUCCCAGAAGAGAGUUCUUGAGACUACUCUUUGAAGCCAUGGCAGUUUCAUCUAUGUUUGAAGGAAAGGAGGGGAAACUGAAUUUGGCUCUUGAUAGUGCAGCUCUGAGAGAGGACAGGUAUUUCAUUGCCGGCAGAGCAAUUGCUGUGAGCCUUGUGCAUGGUGGUCCUAGUCCUGGAUUCCUCUCUCCAACUCUUUUUUCCUGCCUCGUUGGUGGCCCAGAGUCAGCCAAGCUUGUCUUGUAAGACAUUUCUGAUACUGACCUACAUGACAAGGUCAAAAAGGUAAUUGUGCAGAUUGUUGAUGACCUGAAACGGGCUACAGCGCCACUACUGGACCACUUGGCAAAUGCAGGCUGUGUCAGGCCACUGACGAGCAUAGAGGACAGGGAUUUGCUUGUUCAGGACAUCCUCAUGUUUCAAGUGAUCUACAGGGUCCGUGGACCAUUUGAAAGAUUCAGGGAAGGAAUGAGGACACUUGUCGUGUUAGAUGUGAUCCAACAGCACCCAGAGAGCUUCCGUCCUUUUCUCUGCCAUGAGCCACAUACACUCACUGCUGACAUAUUGGAGGAUCUCUUCCAUAUUCGAUCUUCUGAACGAGGAACAAACAAGAGAGCAGCUGAAGAGACCGUCAUUCCCUUCUGGAGGGACUAUUUGCAGGAGGUAGAAGAGGCACAAGGAUCAUCUAAGCUUCAGAAAAUCCUGGCCUGCACUGGAGCCAGUGAGAUCCCUCCGAUCGGUUUCUCCCCCGAGCCAUCCAUCACUUUUCUUCAUGAAUUGCUCGAGUCAAGGUUGCCACUGACCAAUACUUGCAUCAACUGCCUCAGGUUGCCUUUACAUACCUCCUACCAAGCCUUCACAAACAGUAUGGACUUUGCAAUAGGGAACACACUGGUUCUGGGUUGA